AUUGGCUUCAAGAAGACAACAACUUGGGAACCCAAUUUUGACUACAACUAUUUUUCGUUAUCUCAUUAACUAAUUAACUUCAGACCAAAGACCAAUAGACCAUCCAUCUAGAAAACAGUGAUUAAAUUAAGCCUUCUCCGCUUGCGGCAGUUUUGUGCCAUAUGAUGAAAACUUCAUUCCUUCCAUGGCUUUUGCUGCUGCUGUUGCAGAUAAUAUUUGGGAUGGACAUCCUUGUGGUCUCCGGCCAAUGCCAGAGCGACCAGAGAUCGAAGUUGCUCCAGCUGAAGGGCAGCUUCAAGUUCGACCCAACACUUUCAAUCAAGCUUGCACACUGGAACCAGAGCAGGGAAUGUUGUGUUUGGCCUGGGGUGGAAUGUGACACCUCAGGCCAUGUCACUGCCUUGAUUCUCGACAAUGAGACGAUUACAGGUGGGAUUGAGAAUUCAAGGGCUCUACUCAGUCUUCAAUACCUCGAGAAGCUAAAUUUGGCCUUCAACAGCUUCAAUUCCACUCCAAUCCCAGUUCAGAUUUACAAGCUUACCAACUUGACAUAUCUCAAUUUGUCAAAUGCUGGUUUUGGAGGGCAGAUUCCGAUUGGAAUAUCAGGACUCACAAGGUUGGUUACUCUUGAUCUCUCAACCCUCUUUCCAAUAGGUCCACCACUUAAACUUGAGAAUCCAAAUCUAAACAAAUUCUUUGACAACUCCAUACAAGUUAGACAACUUUAUCUUGAUGGUGUUGAUCUUUCUGCUCAAAGGAGUGACUGGUGUCAGGCCUUAUCUUCAUCUUUGCCAAAUUUAACAGUCUUGAGCUUGCGAAACUGUCAACUUUCAGGCCCUAUUGAUCCUUCCCUUGAGAAACUUCAUUUCCUUUCUGCUAUCCACCUAGAUCAAAAUGAUCUUUCCAGUACUGUCCCCAAGUUUUUGGCAAAAUUUUCAAACUUGAGGACCUUGAGCCUGGGCUCUUGUAAUCUACAGGGUGCAUUUCCAGGAGAGAUCUUUCAGACAAAAAGUUUAGAGGAACUGAUGAUACAUGGCAAUCAGAAUCUUAGUGGCAGCUUCCCAUCAUUUCCAGAGAAUGGAUCCCUUAGGGUGAUUUCAGUAGGUUACACUCAAUUUUCUGGUUCAGUGCCCCCUUCCAUCAGUAAGCUUAGCAACUUGUCCAGGAUAGAUAUCAGCAACUGCAAAUUCAGUGGAUCAGUUCCUUCUACAAUGGCA